AUGAAGACGCCGGAGGAGCAAACGUUAGCUCCAGAUUGCUUUCCUUCAGUCCAGGCCGCAGCUUCAGCCAGUCUCUCGCCUCAGGCUUCCCCGAGGGAUAAAAAUGCGGACUCAGAACUAAUGCCACCGCCUCCCGAUGGGGAUGAUCGGCUUGGGAUAUUCCCAGAUCCCGUACCUGUCUCAUCAGCUGUGUCCCCGGAACUGAGUGAAGAGGGCCCUGCUUCUGUCUCCACUCCCUUGGAAACGGGAUUUGGUACUUCUGUUGAGUUGAGUCCUCGAAUUGAGGAACAAGAACCUGAAAAUGAGAGACUUCCUACAGAAGAAACGAACGAACCAGAGUUGGGACCUGGAGAAGCCAUGGAAGGUGUAUCCAAGGAAUCCACUUUGGAGGAUGAGGGAAACACCACUUGGAACUACAGCUUCUCUCAGCUACCUCGAUUUCUCAGUGGUUCUUGGUCAGAGUUUAGCACCCAACCUGAGAACUUCUUGAAAGGUUGUAAAUGGGCUCCAGAUGGUUCCUGUAUUUUGACCAAUAGUGCUGAUAACAUCUUACGGAUUUACAACUUACCCCCAGAGCUGUACAGUGAAGAGGAGCAGCUGGAAUAUACAGAAAUGGCCCCUGUCCUUCGAAUGGUAGAAGGUGACACCAUCUAUGAUUACUGCUGGUAUUCUCUGAUGUCUUCAACCCAACCAGAUACCUCCUACGUGGCCAGCAGCAGCCGGGAGAACCCGAUUCACAUCUGGGAUGCAUUCACUGGGGAGCUCCGGGCUUCCUUUCGUGCCUACAACCACCUGGAUGAACUGACAGCAGCCCAUUCACUGUGCUUCUCCUUGGAUGGCUCCAAGCUCUUCUGUGGUUUCAACCGGACUGUGCGUGUCUUCAGUACAACACGUCCUGGCCGUGACUGUGAGGUCCGGCCAACCUUUGCAAAGAAGCAGGGCCAAAGUGGCAUCAUCUCUUGCAUAGCCUUCAGCCCCAUCCAGCCCCUCUAUGCCUGUGGCUCCUACAGCCGCUCCCUGGGACUGUAUGCCUGGGAUGAUGGUUCACCUCUUGCUUUGCUGGGGGGGCACCAUGGGGGCAUCACCCACCUCUGCUUUCACCCUGAUGGCAACCACCUCUUCUCAGGAGCCCGCAAGGAUGCUGAGCUCCUGUGCUGGGAUCUCCGGCAGCCUGGUCAUCCACUGUGGUCCCUGAGUCGGGAGGUGGCCACCAAUCAGCGCAUCUACUUCGAUCUGGACCCAACUGGGAAGUUCCUCGUGAGUGGCGGUACUAGCGGGGCUGUCUCUGUGUGGGACCUUUGUGGGGCUGCAGAAGACGGGAAGCCAGAGCUGGUGCUGAGUUUUUUGCCCCAAAAGGACUGCACCAAUGGAGUGAGUCUGCACCCCAGCAUGCCUCUGCUGGCCACUGCUUCGGGUCAGCGUGGGUUUCCAGAGCCCACAGAGAGCGGGGAUGAAGGAGAACAGGAGCUGGACCUUCCCUUGCUGUCUAUGCGCCAUGUCCAACUUGAAUGUCGACUUCAGCUCUGGUGGUGUGGUGGUGGAGCAGAUGCCAACAUCCCUGAGGAUCACCAGGGGGAAGAGGGGCAGGGAGGGACAGAGGGAGGUGGGCGAGGCUGGGGCUCCGGCGCGGCGCCCCCUUCCUCCUUCCCUAGUCUUGCGACUCAUGCCGCCCCCGCCCGGCCCCCAGCUGCCCCAUUCCCCCACCUAGGCCCGCUCCCAAAUCCCGGAGUGCUGGAACGUGGGCCGGGGGUGGGGGGUGCAGGGCGCCUGCAGACGGCCCCUGCAAGGGCUCUUGAGGGACUGAGUUCUCCAGAACGGGGGCACAGGCAGAGCAGGAAGGGGGACACGUAG